UGUGAGGCAGAAAGGACAAGAUCUAGAAUGUGAAGGCAUUAGGUUCCAAGACACUGGAAGCCUAGGAAAAGGGAUGGCUAGUGAGUUUUAGAUCAUGUUGAGCCCUACAUUUGUUCUGUGGGAUGUUGGCUAUCCCUUCUACACCUGUGGAUCCAUCUGCAUCAUUGCAUUAAUUAUGUGGCGAUUGAAAAAGAGUGUACAAGAAUUAAGGUUGGGACCUAACAGGAGCAGUUGCCGGUGUCACCGGCGACUCAAACAAAGCUCUAGAGAUAGAACAUCAAGAGCUGGGAGAACUUACCAGGAAGAAGCCGAGAAGCUGCAGAAUCUGCUCUCUGUCAUGAAAAGCCAGGGCUGGCUUCCUCAGGAGGGAAGUGUGCGGCGAAUCCUGUGUGCAGAUCCCUGCUGCAAAAUCUGCAAUGCUGUGGCUCUGGAGAUUCAGCAAUUGCUGAUGUGUGAGAAUAAACAGAUCUCCCCAACUUCACUGACGCCAUCUCAGGGCUCCUCUUGCUCAGAGAUAUUGUCUGCGUCUAGUGUGUCUUUUGAGCAGCAUCAGGAAUUGGGUGCCCAGAGCUCCAGAGAGCUUUCAAUGACAACCUUAAGGCUGACACUGUCAAAAGUACCAGAUCAGAAAUCUUUAACCUCAUCAGCUGCCCAGUCAACCAAUGCAGUCAGCGUCCAGGAUAACUGGGCUGACCACCUCCAGCGAGGGCAGGGAUUUCAAGUUGCAGGUGUGUCCCAGGAUGCAGGAUCUCUGUCUUCUUCAAGUCUUAAGAAGCCUGGAGUUCCUCUGAACCAGCUGGAGAGGAAGAACAACUCCAAAUCUGUCAGCAAGGUGGACAAAGAAGCUCCAGAAGUUGGCUUGGGAAAUACGAUGAAGUUCCUUCUGCACUGGAUUAACCCUGAAGUGAAAGAUCAAAGUCAUGAGAAAUCUACUCUCAUCUCUGACACUGAGACAGUGGCCAAAGCUAGUACAAAAGAAGCUGAGAAGAGUCCAGCCCCCACCAAAGACCCUGUGGGGAGAGCUAAGUUGGAGAAGACAACAGAGAAGCCAAAGCCCAGCCUCCCCUUCUGUAAUACCCCCAGUGCCUAGACAAACAGCUCCAGCAACUCUCCCUUCAGUCCAGCCCAUCCUGGGUCCUGUGCCACUCCCACAACUGCUUCAAACUCUGCCCUCAACUGUCUUGUGCCACCUAACCAGGAAAUCCAUCCUAGGUCUCAACUCUCAUUUCAGCAAAAGGCACUGGUUCACACAAGGAGAAUACCCAGUCCAAGCAAAAGGAAUUUGCAGAUUUCUGAACUUGUGUCCCCCUGAAAAAGGCUGUGAUCGAAAUUUCCCAUUAACAUGUAGGCGAGGCAGAGAAUUCUCCAAAUAUACUCUAUACCUCUAAACAAAGA